UCCUCCUCCUCCUCCUCCUCCUCCAGGUCCUCCUCCAUCUCCUCCUCUUCCUCCUCCUCCUCCUCCUCCUCAUCCUGGGGGUGUGAUUUUUUUACCUCUACCCCAAAGGCACACGGGGCCCGUGCCCGCGCGGGUGUGGCUCCGCGGCUUCCCGCCGCAGGCGAGCCCCGCGCAGAUAGCCUCCGGCCUCCUGCGCGGCUACGACGUCGGGGAGCCGGACGUCUACAUGGUCCCAGACGGCCUGGGCGCGGUGGUCACCUUCCCCAGCGACGCGGCGGCCAAGCGUGCCAUCGGCGCCCUGGACGGCCGCCGGCUGCGCGGCGGCAGCGUGUCGCUGCGGCCCCUCGGCGCGGAGGACGAGGACGCCAUCAGCGAGGCGUUCAGCCGCGAGGCCGGCGACGCGCCGGCGCUCCCAGGGGCAGCGCAGGCGCCGGUGGCGCAG